AUGUCUGAUCGUAGGCCUUUCUUCGAAACAGUGGUAGGACGGCGAGGACAAAGAAGACAUACCAGACAAGGUCGACGACCAGACCCAUACGACAAAAUCCAUCGCAUCGAGUCGUUUGCAUUGCCUAUUGACGAACAGUUCUCAUCACCUCUCUUCAGUGACCUCCCUGGAGAGGUCCGGGACCUGAUCUACGAAUAUGCCCUGGCUGACUACGAAGACCUUGCCAAUGCUUACGAGCUGGAUACAUGCUAUCGAAGACCUGAAUAUAUGGCACCACGUAAGACUGAUACAGCUCUCUUGCGGACAUGUCAAGCUGUCUACAACGACGCCUGGUAUCUCCCUUGGACAUUAGCACAGCAUACCUUCUUCCUUACUGCGCCUGAUCGCAAGCCGAAAAACAAUACUGAACCCCACCAGAUGGAGCGAGUUUCGAAGCUCAUUGAAAGACUUCAUCCAGACGUCCUAAGUCGACGGAAGGAGGUCCAUAAUGUUCAGGUCUUCGCCCAGCUGUACGUACUCGAGCCUGGCAACAGCCUUAACAACGUCCUGCAGAUCCCUUAUUUCAUGCCCAGAACGGUUACAAUUACCAUCCGGCACACCGAUAUUUGGUUUUGGGAGACCGACCGACCAAUUUACAUCAGAACUCCAUGGAUCAAUACUGUGCGGUUUCCAACCAGUGUGACCACUCUACGCAUCCAGCUCGAGUCUUUACAAAGACGUCAACCACAGAUCGAUUAUGUUGUUGCUCGUGCCCAGCAGGAAUGGUACUUCACACGCGACGACGACGUCCACCUUGUCUCCACCGCAGCACCAACUGCAACAAGAUGGACUGGCUCGUCAACAUGGGUGAAUAGACGCUGGGUUCGAGACGAGGACGACCAAGAGCCGGGCGUUGUACACUACUACAUGUCUACCCUAGUCUUUAAGCCCGCAAACAUGACUGAAGAUGAGAACGGCUAUAUGGCGCGCAAUGCCGGCAAACAUGCGCGAAGGACUAUUGAGGUACCACCCGAUAUUGCAGCUAAGACCAAUAUUCCUGGCACUGGUUACGCUUCGCUCCUCACGGGUCGCUUCGAAGAGAUGGGUAUAACCAAUAAAACACCAGCGAGCGAGGCCGUUCGAUGCUUUCGCGAAUUUCUGGCAGAGGAAUCACGCCGUAACGAGCUCAAUGCAGCACCAGUAGAUGAAUGA